AUGACAAACUGUCGGACAAACCUACCAAGCAGACUGACCUUCUGGUACCAGACACCACAACAUAGACAAAAGCCGGACAUGCCUACAACACAUGUGACAAAACUGACACUUGAUGUGUUUGGGUAUUGGGAGCAAGAUUUCCCAAGAAACCUGGGGGGACCACUCUUGUCCAUCGAGACAUGUCACUUGGUCGACUCACCAUUGACGUCAACGCCCACAAGUCUGGUACCGCCUGCCACAGCUCACUGCCAGACCAAACCACUGAAGGAAUCCACUGUCUGGUAUCCAUUACCAAAAACACACUAA